AUGGCAUCAGAGAGGGGUGGGGUCUGCGUCAAUGGCGUCAUCAGGAUUUCUGUGGCUAGGGACGCAGACCACGACGAGAAGAUAAAGGGACAGGGGGGCCGGAGAACGAGGCGGUGUCACGUGCUGACGCGAGCAGGGUACAUAAAUUGCUCGGGUGGCUAACAGUGCAAAAUUCCGGUGUGGUGAGGCAGCUGGCGGUGACGCGAUGGUCACAUGACGGUACGCAGCGGGUGAAUUAUUAAUCCUCCGCUUGACGAACGGUGCCUCCCUCUGCUUGAUGGAUCAUCAAAGAGGGUUCGGGGAAUAAUAGUUGAGGAUAGCGGUCUGACGAAAGGGUGGUUUUUGGAGUCAUUAGAGUGUGAGGAUCAUCAAGAUUUGCAACUUACGAUUAGGGUUGAGUUCCUCGAUGGGAAAUGAUCUUGACUUCUUCGGGGCUAAACUCUGA